UCGACGGCUGUGGCGGCGCAACGCGAGUGAGCGAGAGCGAGCGCCACGGACGGUCGCAAGCUCGAUUGUUCGACGACGCGACCGAGGCUCUAGACACUCCCGAUUUCGAUAAAAUGGGGCCCAAGCGCCCAAAUCGGGCCCCAUCAGUGAGUGAGUGCCAGUGCAGACGACCCAAGGCGCCCCGCUAGCCCCCCAGGUACCCAUUGGCAUGGGCCUCAGCGUGGCGCCCACGUGUGCCCGCGGCUCUCUUCAUGGCCAUUGAUAAAGAUGUCUUGUAGCGUUACUGAGCGGAUCAGUUCUACAUCAGCGACAAUCCAAAGCGUAUCAACUGCUAGUAGCGUCGCAACUGGAUCCGCAUCUACCAGUGCAGUAGGCACAUCCACGAGUACUGCGCAGCAAUCACGAUGUAAGGAGCGUCCCGGGCUCAAAGGCAACUCACUGUCAAUACUAGCCACGUACCCUAGCUCACGAGCAUCUGUACAAGGGGCCAGGACCCCAGUUGGGGCAGCUGGCCCCCCUCAGAAUGGACCUCAAUCCACUAGCCCCCAAGGGUCGCAACUCAGAACAAAAUCCUGUACCAGCAUGCUCUUGUGCUGCUGCUGUAAAUGUCCUUGGUCAAACCCUGGCCAAAAGAAUGACGAAAAUGGCGCUACAAAAAAAUCUACAUCGGAUUUGGACACAUGCGUUUCCCCGGGCCCGAUGGAGGAAGUCCGUGUUACUAUGGAUGAACUUCGAGGUUGGGGAAAAUCCUUCGAUAAGCUGAUGAAAAGCAGUUCCGGUAGAAAAGUGUUUAGAAACUUUCUAAAAGGAGAAUACUCUGAAGAAAACAUUCUCUUUUGGUUGGCUUGCGAGGACUUCAAAAAGCACACUGACAAAGCGUACACUGAAAAAAGAUCCAGGUUGAUUUUCAUGCACUAUAUUCAUCCAGAUUCAUCUACAGAGGUAUCCUUGGAUUCUCGAGUACGAGACAUCGUGAAGAAACAACUACCAGACCCACAACCAACCAUGUAUGACGAAGCUCAAUUACAAAUCUAUACGCUGAUGCAAAGGGACAGCUAUCCUCGCUUUAUUAAUUCUCAGAUGUUCAAAAGUCUUGUUCAACAACACGAAAAGAAGGGCAAAGAUAAAGUAUCCUUCUGGGUUCAACCUCAAAAGACCCCAUCAUUACAUACCAUUGAUUUGAACUCAGAAAUUUUGGGACGAGAACAUGGUCACGCAAGUCAAUCAACUCCUCUUCUAACAGCGGUCCAUCCAGCAGCUUUGACACCGGUGUCUGAUUUAUCUGAUAGGGACCAGGAUGCCUAAAUUUCUUCAGACUAAACAGGCGGCCUAACGACAGACUCGAUUGUCGACAAUAACUGCGGACGUAGCUAACAACAUCCAUGUACAGGCGACUAAUUUAAAAAAAAAAAAAAAAACUUCUAGCCCAGGUCCUAGUGAAGCCAACUUAAACCAAAAUACAUCAGAAUCUCCAGUGCUGAGCCUAUAGGCAAGGCCUAUUCGAUAAUAAUUACUGGCAAGUGUAGGGUUCAAAGACAAUUUUUUGACAUUGUAGUGAGCGCUCAGGUACAUUAAAUCAUAACUAACCCUAAAAAUACAUUAAAAAUUACAAGCUGAAAUUCUCAAAAUCGCAAUAACAAAUAUAGUUCAAAUUGAACCAAAAAGCGUGCUCCAUUGCUUGAAUUACGUUUGAAGAGAGAGUCAAUUUUUUGUCUCUACUUUCAGGUUUCUAUUGGUCAGUUACAUAACUUCAACAUUCAAAAUAUCAAUUUUUGAUUCAAUCCAGUCUUGCAACUUAGCGCUAGUAUCCAUUAUGUUGCUUGCCACUUGUAUAUUGUAAUUUUUAAUGAUGUCGUCAGCUCUGCCCUAUCUGGCAGUGUAUCGGUUUUGGUCUGCACAUUAAGUCGAUAUAGUUUUCCGUUAGUCUAAAUAAAAGAUGUCAGAAUAAAAAGCUGCAAUGGACAUUCUAGAUGCAUCUAUGUAAUCAAUUCAGGUAAUUUAUUUUCGAGGUUUAGUUUAUUUUUAAGUUUGUUACCGAUGAUUCCUGCAUUUUUAGUGUCAAUUUUAGUGCCAAGGUAUUAUAUGGAGAUUUUUUUUUAUUUCCAAUUGUUUCCUAUAAACAUUUUCAAUUAAAAUAUAGAUUAGUUGAUCGUUCUACGUACUUUUUAAUUUCUUAAGCAACAAUAUUUGGAAAGUAUCUACAGGGUGUUUCAAAUUGCAUUUUUUUAUUAUCGAAAUACAUUCCAUCACCAUGACCAAGACCAAGAUUAUAUCUGGAAUUAGGUAAGUAUGGUGUUAGCUGAAGUGGUAUAUAAUCAUAAUUAUUUGAGUCAUCGAAAAAUUGUAUGCGUUUUUGGAUUCUUUAUAAAAAAUAAUAAAUUAUUGCAUUCUGACAUUUAUUUAUUUAUUUUAACAGAUAUUCGAAUAAAAAAGUACAUUACGCACUUUGGAACGAGGCUUGAAUGUUAAAUGUACCAAGUAAGCUAAAAGGACAAAUUGGACCAAAAUUUAAAAAAAAAAACAAAAACUUUUUAUUCGUCAGAAUGUGUUCGUUUUCAUCGGACUCGUUCGGCUUCUCGAGGAAGAGCCAAUGUCAUUGCAUAAGUGUAAAAUAGCAAUUCAUGACCCGAUCCCAGAUGUUAUAUUCGCACACAUAUUUAAAAUUAGUGUUUUGUGUUGAAAACAAGAUAACGAACAUGUUUAUCUCACUUUGUAUAGGUAGAUUUGGAUUUAGUGAACUUAAUUAAGAUCAACUGAUAUUUUUAAGUGCUCAUUUUUUUAGGAGGUCCUGUCUACUUGUUAUUUUGACAUGCUUUAGUUUGUUAUUUUAUUGGGAAGGACAAAAUUAUCUUUUUGGUAGCUCUGGCUUAAGCACAAGGAGUUUCAGGACAUAAAUAAUUAAACAUAAAUAAUUGAAGAAGGAAGGCAGCCAGUGUUUUAUUGUGGUUAUAUUUUUCGAGCGUGUGGACAGAGGUCGAUAGGGAUUACUUGCUGACGUUAGCAGCGUGCUGGUAAGUUUCUCAUGCGGGAAUAUCUCGCCGCGUUGUUUCUCCAAAUAAAUUGUGUCUUCUGCGAGCCAGUGCUUCGCAGUCAUAUAAUUAUGUGUAAGGCGAUUUCCUCCUCUUCACCACACAGUCUAAUGUCGUUGGGCCAUUGUAGACUCUCAUUUCCGGCAUUGUGCGCUUUGAGAUGGCAGUGUCCUGUUAGUAGUCCUACCACCCGUCUUAUCUGAAUACGCGUUAGUGACAGUACUUCAGCUGUUAGCAUCUUUGAGGGGUUUUCAAUUACCCCCUUCGAGUGUCUUGCCAUCUUUAUAACAUGGCUUCGAUAUCCCAAAUGUGGGUUCUGGUCUUGCGUAGGGCUGCGCCCGCUCCGGCCAUUUCGUCGGCCUCUUUUCUUUGCCUUCUAUCCCCGAAUGCCCAGGAACCCACAGGAGAUCGUGUUAUUCCUUUACGGCAUUCCAUCGUUAUCUUUGAAGUAAAUCGAUGUGAGCUCAGAGCUUUUAGAUCAGCCUGACUGUCUGAGAGAAUGCUUAUGUUCUGGUUGUUAUAAUCCAGCCUUAGAAUCCCCUGUGCCCAUGCUUGAAUUGCACGAAUUUCUGCCUGGUAAACUGUGGUGUCCCCAGAAGGAUGCUUUGUUCUGAUCUUGGUUUUUUUCAAUAUACGCCAGCGCCAGCUCCAUCCGCUGUUUUGGAGUCGUCUGAGUACCAGACCAGGCCUGUUCUUAUUAUGUGAGGCGUUCCAUCCUGCCAUAUGCUUGGGUCGCAUAUGACUUUGAAUAGUCUUUCAAACUUAAGGGUUACCACCAUUUGAUCCGUUUGCAUUUCCACUAUGCUAUCGUUCAUCAGGUUGAAAACCUUUGUGUGGCCGUAGUUGCCUGGUGUUUCUUUCCAUGCCCCGGCAGCCCUAAUCCGGUGGGCGUUAACUAUGGAUGCCAUUUUAACGUGAUCAUUUCCACCGCACAGACAUGCCAGUCUCUGAAGGCUCUUUUGGGCGUUGACCAUGCGGUUAUCUUUCUCGCACCAGCGUUGUACACCUAUCAGGGCUGUUCGCAUAACUCCUGCUAUGACCGUGGGAUGUUUCCUUUGAACGAAUAUCGCUACAUCGUCUGCAUGCCCUUGGGCGUAAAAUCCCUGUGAUUUGAGACGUACGAGCAACUCAUCCUCCACUGGGUAUCGUCAGCUUCUAGGGUGUCUUCAUCUAUGUUGACUUUAACUCGCCCGUACUCAAGCAUGUUGUAUAUCGACCUACAGGUGGUGUUGUCGACUCCAUGUCUUGCUGCGGCGGUGACCAUCGCAACAAAAGAUGCGUUAUCAAAGGCUCCCAGAGCUAUUUCUUUGUUGUGAAUCUCGGUUUCAACCCUCGCAACGAGGUUGUGAGCCGCUGUCUCACAUGAUUUCCGUGUUUGAUAGGCAUGUUGUUGUUUGCAUUAGGUACUUACAUGUAGAUUAAAUUUCUCCUGCAUUGGAUAAAUAAAAGAUGAACGGUAUAAGAGACUUCACCUAGGAGGGCUAUUUUUGACAGUAUUACAUGCGUUUUCCGACCAAAAAAAAAUAUGGUUGCCAAUAAUUUUGAUUCUGCAAAGCCAAUAAUUUUAAUUCUGCAAUAAGUAUUACUUUGUUAGUUGAUAGUUUCUUGAUGCAAAGGUCUUAAUUCUAAAGUCAGGGCUGUUUCACAAAGACGCACAAACCACACCUCCAACUGCCUGAAUAUGUAUGUAACACAAAAAAGACAUCCAAAGGGUAAUUAUUUUGUUCAUCGAAACCCUUCAGAAAACGGACAAUCAUAUUAAUCAUUUUGGAGCUCAGCUGAAAUAUUAAAUAGAGCUUAGGAAACCUUACUUCCACUUAAAAUAAAGAGUUAAUAUUUUUUAGUCCUUUACAAUAGCGUUUCUCACUAAAAUAUGUCAAAAAAUAUACCUGCCACAACCCCUAGUAGAUCUCGUACACAUAGCCAAAGCGCGGAGAAAAAAAAGUGUUUGAUGCAAGCAAUGUGUAGUUCGAGAGAAAAAUAAGUUGUACCAAAAACGUAUUACCAAUAAAAAUAAUCAUUAAAAUAUAAUUAUCACUAGUAUUAUAAGUGUACAUAUUACACAAAAAAAUGCGGAUGUCUAAAAUAAUGUCCCUGAGCUCUAAUCUGGCUUCCUCUAAUCUCAGUGAAACAUAUGAUAAGAUAAAGUGGAUAUUGUUAUAUAAAAUGUCUCAGCCUCUAUCAUUUAUUUAGUAAUCUCCACAUACAUAUUUUGUUGUUUUGUUGCAGUAAAAUAAAAGACAGGUCCAAGGCUAGUUUUUUAGAAAUUAUAGUGAUAAAUGAACGGGUGGCACCUGUAUUUAUGCUUUGCGAAUAUUCUUUCCAUUUCUUUUAGACUAAUCUUGACGUUUUUCUCCCAUUCUAACGUUGAAGCGCGCAAUUUAUCAGAACUUUCGAGGCUCUCCUCAAAUCUCGUAGCACCUGCCCUGCAAAGUCUUUCAGGUCUGUGUCCAGUUGUGCCUCUUCAGACUCUGUCAAUCAGACGUAACCGGAACUAAUCCUACUAACAUCUAAUGCUGAAUCUUUACGAAAUUUAUUUUUGUGGCUUCAGAUUUCAGUGUUGGAAAACUUUGGUAGGUACUUGGUACGUGAAUGGUUCCACUUUUUCGCGUUAUUUCGAUAUUCGAUCAUGUUACAUUAUCUAGAAUAAUUUCUAAUAGACCAAAGUCACAUCGUUACAAAAUUUUGAAUUCGUUCAAGAAAACUUUAGGAUAUAAUAUGACAUACUUUAUAAAUUGAUGAAAUAAUAAUUCAUUCGAUAAAGCUGUAAACUUGCUUAGAGAAAUUUGGCAAUAAAAUACAAAUUUCCUGUACAAAUAAUUUCGAUCAUUGCUUAUGAAGAAUUUAUAAUUUGAAUUUGAAAAAGACAGGGUAUUUUAAGAAAAGCGAUAAAAUAAGUUCGCUAGGCACAAACCUAUAUGGCGACGACAGUUGCACAUAUAAGUUUUUAGCAUUGGUACAUAUUAUUUUUUAAUUAAAUUAUCAUUAAGUAGUUAAUAUACCUUUAAAUUGUUCAAUUUUCUACUCAAAGGCGUCUAGGUAAUAUGCGCCUUGAAGGGUAUACUGCAGUUGUUAUAUCAACAAUUUAGACUGUCUAGGAAAAAAAUGUUCUUAAAACAACAUAUUAUCAUACCUAUAGCAUUUAAAUAGGUGUUCGUUAAUAAAGUGUCAAAAAGUGUGAAAAAAGUAUUAUAUAAUAUAUUCAAUUGUUCCAUAAUCAGUGUAUAUUUUAAUGUAUAAUUUAAGAUUUAAAUAUUUAAGCAAUAUGCGAAAUUGUUUUCUAACUCUGGGCACAUUUCUAGACCUAGUAAACCGAAUGAAGUACGGUAAUAAUCUACCAUACAAAAUAGAAAAAAAAAACAUGAAACACGACGUAUUGUAAUAAUUACUGCAAACUUAUUUCUUUUUUCAGUUCAGUAAUGACUCAAAAUGUCUUAAACAACGAACGUCUCAUACCAAAUGCUUGAAAAAGGCUCUAACUUGGCCUAUAUGCAUGUGUGUUUGUCUAGAAACGUGUACCAUAAAAAUGUGUUACCCAAAGGUGUUACCCCCAUGUUUGUCGAAAAGCGGAGUUAUCGUUUUUAAUGUUAAUCUGAUCAAACUUUAAAGCUGCGUACUCACUCGAGCACAAAUACAUGAAGCUAAGCCAAGCCUGCCUUGACACAACUUGACUGACUGCCUCGUGCCGGUCUAGAUUGAUCCAAUUUUUAUCAUGCACAAAAUCCUAAAUUAUUUUUAUAUCAAGUUUAUUAAGCAGCGUACUCAUUAAAUUUGAGGACGAAUGCGAGUAAGCCAAAGCCCCUCGAGGCAGUCAAUGUGAAUCUCGUUUCGAGGCGCAGCUAGCAGCAAAUUAAUUCUUGCUCAGUGUGGCUCAAGUGAGUUACACAAGAGUUCGUACUCGGCGUACUCGGUUUCAGCCUUGCCUUGCCUCGUUCACGUUAAUUUGUGCACAAGUUAGUAUGAGGCUUUAUAAAUUCAAUAUGAAACCUGCCAUAACGUAAAUACAUGUCUGAUGAUACUUCUUUGUAACUUCGAUUUGAUAAAUGCAAUAAUAUAAAGUAAAGCACUUUUUUAAUAAUAAUUUCAUUAUUAAAAUAGAUAAUUUACUCAAUAUGUUAACAAUAAUUAUUUUAGUGAACUACUCGUGCUAAAUAAAGUUUUAAUCAUACAAAUCGAUUGUACUUAUUACAACCUAUUUAUUUAUAAAGGAGUUACAGAGAAAUAUUCCUGAGAAACUAAAUCUGUUUAAAAUAAAUUUUAAGACACCAGCAACAAAUUUGUAAAUAUGUAAUAAAACAAAAGGUCUCUUGAUUAUUAUAACGAAUAGUUUUUUUUUUUACAUAUCUCUAAUAUUUUAGUUUUAAGUUUUAAAAAAGCUAUAUUGUUUUUAUCCGUGCUGUGAUUCGUUUUAUUUAAUUAUAAGUAAAUGGAAAAAUAUAAAAACCAACACUGUGUGUAUAUAAAAACUUAUACCUAGAUGCUGCGAAAAGGAUCCAAUUUUUUAGACAGGCUAAAUCCAUGUGAGUGUGAGACCGAGCGCGUGAAUGUUUCAAGUGGCUGUCGUUGCCCACUCCUUUUCCCUGUGACCCCACUUAUCCCUGAAUAUUUCCCACCGAAAAAAAAAAAAUUCAAAAUGUGAUAAAAACACAAAAAAUGUAUCUUCAUCAAGACCACUGCAGACUUAGUUGUCUGUCGUAAAUCUAGUCAAACACCCACUCUGUUAGCACUAUUACACAAUAAGUAUGGUAUUACAUUAAUAAUCGAUACACACUAUAAUAAUAAUUCAUAUAAAUAAAUAUCAAAUAUAA